UUGACAUCGAGUGAUGUGGGAGUGUUCGUGGGUAUCGAAGUAAGUGGGCUUCGCGGCGGCAGUGAAGCGAUGAUGAGUGUCUUUUCUACGAGCGGAGGUGCGCUUUCAAUCGCAUCAGGGCGGCUAUCAUACACACUGGGUCUGGUGGGACCAUGCUACUCACUUGAUACGGCCUGUUCAUCCGCCCUUGCUGCGUUGCAUAUUUGCUCCUCGGCUGUGAACGGCGGCGAAGAGUGUCAAGACGGAGUUGGGAUUGGAACCAAGAUUCUCAGUGAGGCUGUGAAUAUUGCAACGUCCGUUGCUGGAAUGACCUCGUCGCGUGGACGAUGCCACACGUUUGAUCAGCGUGCCAAUGGGUACUGUCGUGGUGAGGGAUGUGGAGCUUUCGUUCUGUGUUCGUCCGCUGAAGAUGAGAGUGAAGCCACGCUCUGA